GUUGCUGUCACGGUUGUAGUACGGCGUCGGGGGCAGUGGUUGCGGCCCGGGCUGCAGCUGGGGCUGGGGCUGGGACAUCCACGGUCGGCGCAAAGCUCCCGCGGGCGGGCGGCGGUCGUAUAUCAUGAUCUCGACGUGGUCGAUGAUGUUGCUGUUGUUGCCCGGGCCGGCGUUCUCGUCCAUGGGCACGCGUGUGACGCGCACCGUGAUCCGCGGGAACGGGUGCCGGUCCAGCGUCCAUGUGUCCUGCGGCAGCGCCAGCGUGCGCUCGUACUGCGACGGCAGGUUCAGGAUCGGCUUGUGCGCGUGGUGCCACAGCAUCUCGUCCAUGAACGAGUCAUUGAGCCCGCCACCCGACAGGCUGUCGCCCGUGCUGUUGACGUCGCGCAGCAUGGACGGGAUCAGCGACACGGCGACGGGGCCGAACUCGCCGUUGUUGCCGUCGACAUGGGACAAGCGGGGAGCCUUGCGGGCAAAGGCCAGCGAGAAAGCCCGCAGCGACUUGGACUUGGUCACGCCGAAGCGGAUGACAAACACGCGGCCCGCCACGUUGCGGCCCAGCUUGAGGACGCAGCCGGGGAAGGCAUGCACGCGGUAGUCGGUCGUCUGGUCGAGGUAGUACUGCUGGGUCUGCCCCAGGUAGGACACGAUGAAAUCGCCCGGCCUUGCGUCGUGGCGGCGUUCGGCCUCGACGUACAUGGUGCGCUGGAUGCUCGACAUGAACUGGCCAAAGUUGAUCUUGUUGAAGACGUCGUCGUCAACCAUGAUCUCUUCACUGCGGCCCCAGAUCGAGUACGACCACUCGUAAAGGGGCAGCAUGAUGGUCGGCGUAUGGGCGUCGCGGUGGCCACAGAGCAGCGCGGCAAACGCCAUGAGCCGCGCCUGCGCCAGCCGCGGCCGCGCCCAGCAGUAGGCGGCGGGCUUCUCGGACCAAAACACGGG